AUGCAUAAUUCAUCGAUAUAUUAUCACAAACAACAACAACAACAACAACAACAACAGCAACAACAACAACAGCAACAACAACAACAGCAACAACAACAACAGCAACAACAACAGCAACAACAACAACAACGGAAUAAACAAGAAAUUUUGUUGGGAACAUAUACAACUGAACCGGUUUAUAAAUCCUCAUCACAACAGCCAACCAUUUCUGGACAAAUAUUAUUACCAUUACUGCAACAACGUUUUUCAACCAGAAUUCAAUCAAUUACUGUUCAACCAUUGCUUAAUUUUCAAAAUUUACCUUUACAAAAUAGUACCAAUCAAAACAUUUAUCAACAACAAGAACGUUUAAAUUUAAAUAUAAUUUCAAAUAUUAUUCAAUCAGGGAAAUCUAAUCAACUUUUUCCACUCUGGAAUUCUUAUCAAUCAACUGAUCCAUCAUUAUCAAAUGCUGAACAACGUCUUAAGAAAUGUUGCUCCAGAUUGAAUGAAGCAGAUCCAGAAUGCAAAAAACGUUUUUGUGGUUUCGAUGCAUUAGAGCCUCGAACGGUUCUUUACUAUUUGUCAAUUUGUCAACCACGUGGUCCAACAGUUGGUCAAAUGUGGGAUUGUGCUUCAUCGAAACAAAAUCAUACAGACUGUUGCAUCCGAAAAGGUGUACUGCCAGCAUGUCAAGUUUAUUGCGAAACAACUAAUGGAGUACCAACAGAUUACGGUAAAUACUUGUUCUGUUUGAGUAAUUUUCGUCAAAUACGUGAUUGUUUUCGAGAACACUUAGAAACGCAUCAUAACUUGUACGGUGAUUGGUAAUAAG